AUCGGAUCGGCUUUCACUUUAAUCUCCGGCGACUGCGUUUAGUGCACUUGCGGCAACGUACGCACAAUCUUCAGCCCAGCCCAAAGUGAGUCCCCAUCAAUGCAGCUCCCAGUGCUGUGUCCUGUUGCUUGCCUCGUCCUGAUGACGAUGCAGCUGGAAGUAAUUGGCUUGGCCAUCACGAACGGUCACUGCCAGAAGAACAUCAGUGUCAAGUACCAGGUGCCGGUGGCCAAGACACGAAUCGCCAGUCCAUUGAACGCCAGCCACCAGGCUGAUUUGGAUAGCUAUGUGGUGUUCGAGGAGCGGGUGCGUUGGGACAACAUCCAGGUGUGCUGUCCCGGUUACAGGACCAUCCUGUUUGGCUUCUGCGAGCCCGUCUGCCAGGAGCCGUGCCCCGCCCACAGCUACUGUGCGGAACCGGACCGCUGCCAUUGCCAGCGAGGCUACGAGCCCUCGCACCACCACACCACCCACCGACCCACUGGCCACCAGGUGGUGUGCCGACCGGUCUGCCAGGGCGGUUGUCCGGAGCACAGCCACUGUGUGGCCCACAACGAGUGCGAGUGCCGGCCGGGAUUCAAGGAUGCGAGCAGCUGGUUCAGCCUGAGCUUGCGCUGCGAGCGGGUGCAGUGCGGCCACGAGCAGCGAUUCGAUCCAGGACGACGAGCCUGCGUCCAGAUCGAGAUGAGCAUGGAGGAGCUGAUGCAGCGCGUCGCCGAGCGACUGGCCAAGGGCCUGGAAACGGAAACGACCUCCGAACCGGAAACCUAAGAGCCGUCGCUUGAGAAGGGGUGAAUCCACAUUUCUUAAUCCAACCUGAAUCAUCCAUGUAUCUAAAUGUUUAAUAAAGUUAAUUUGCCAAUUACAACUUGUUCUUUAAAUAUUACAAUUUUUGUUCAGCUCCGCUUAAGAUUUUAAUGUCGCGGUGAAA